CCUGAGCCCAGUAUGGAUUGGCUGUGAUUUUAGGGCCACACAAUAAAUUUCCAAAAUGAAAGUGGACAGAACUAAACUGAAGAAGACGCCAACUGAGGCUCCUGCAGAUUGCCGGGCUCUGAUAGAUAAACUUAAGGGUUGUAAUGAUGAGCAGCUCCUCCUGGAACUUCAACAGAUCAAAACCUGGAAUAUUGGAAAGUGUGAGCUGUACCAUUGGGUGGAUCUGUUGGAUCGCUUUGAUGGGAUUCUGGCUGAUGCUGGACAGACUGUGGAAAACAUGGCUUGGAUGCUGAUGUGUGAUGGACCUGACAAGGAGCAUCUUAAAUUACUGCUUUUGGCUGUCUUGAACUUUACUGCCCUGCUCAUUGAAUACAGCUUUUCUCGGCAUCUGUACAGCUCUAUAGAGCAUCUGACUACAUUACUGGCCUCCUCUGAUAUGCAAGUGGUCCUGGCAGUGCUGAAUCUCCUGUAUGUCUUCAGCAAGAGAUCCAACUAUAUUACUCGCCUGGGUUCUGACAAGAGGACUCCACUGCUGUCCCGUCUGCAGCACUUGGCAGAGAGCUGGGGCGGCAAAGAAAACGGUUUUGGGCUCGCAGAGUGUUGUCGAGACCUGCACAUGUUGAAAUACCCACCCAGUGCAACUACACUACACUUUGAAUUCUAUGCCGACCCAGGGGCCGAGGUCAAAGUUGAGAAAAGGACACCCAGUAAUACACUACAUUACAUCCAUAUAGAGCAGCUGGACAAGAUUUCAGAAAGUCCUUCUGAAAUCAUGGAAUCCCUCACAAAAAUGUACAACAUCCCAAAGGAUAAGCAGAUGCUGCUGUUCACUCAUAUCCGACUAGCCCAUGGCUUUUCCAAUCACAAGAAGAGGCUGCAAGCUGUUCAAGCUAGGCUCCAUGCGAUCUCCAUAUUAGUAUAUUCCAAUGCCUUACAGGAGUCGGCAAACAGUAUCCUGUAUAAUGGUUUGAUAGAGGAAUUGGUGGAUGUCCUUCAGAUAACAGAUAAACAGCUCAUGGACAUCAAGGCAGCCUCUUUGAGGACUUUAACAUCAAUUGUACACUUGGAGAGGACGCCCAAACUCAGCAGUAUUAUCGACUGCACUGGGACCGCCUCCUAUCAUGGAUUUUUACCUGUCCUUGUACGGAAUUGCAUCCAGGCUAUGAUUGAUCCUUCCAUGGACCCAUACCCUCACCAGUUUGCCACUGCUCUCUUCUCCUUCCUGUACCACUUGGCCAGUUAUGAUGCUGGAGGAGAAGCCUUGGUGUCUUGUGGAAUGAUGGAGGCCUUGCUGAAGGUGAUCAAGUUCCUUGGAGACGAACAGGACCAGAUAACCUUUGUUACCCGAGCAGUCCGAGUUGUCGACCUCAUCACCAACCUCGACAUGGCAGCUUUUCAGUCUCACAGCGGGCUGUCCAUCUUCAUUUACAGAUUGGAGCAUGAAGUCGACUUGUGCCGAAAAGAGUGUCCUUUUGUGAUCAAGCCAAAGAUCCAAAGGCCCAGCACUGCCCAUGAAGGAGAAGAAAUGGAAACAGACACGGACGGAGUCCAGUGCAUCCCUCAGCGUGCUGCACUUCUCAAGUCUAUGCUGAACUUCCUUAAGAAAGCCAUCCAAGACCCCGCCUUCUCUGAUGGCAUUCGUCAUGUGAUGGAUGGCUCUUUGCCUACCUCGUUGAAACACAUCAUCAGUAAUGCAGAGUAUUAUGGGCCUUCACUCUUUUUGCUGGCUACUGAAGUGGUGACCGUAUUUGUGUUCCAAGAGCCAUCCCUCCUAUCCUCUCUGCAAGACAAUGGGCUGACGGACGUCAUGCUCCACGCACUUCUUAUCAAAGAUGUUCCUGCAACCCGAGAAGUCCUUGGCUCUCUGCCCAAUGUGUUCAGUGCACUGUGCUUGAACGCCCGAGGCCUUCAGUCAUUUGUGCAGUGUCAACCUUUCGAGCGUCUCUUCAAAGUGCUGCUUUCUCCUGAUUACCUGCCUGCCAUGCGCAGGAGAAGGAGUUCGGAUCCCCUUGGCGAUACUGCUUCCAACCUGGGUAGCGCUGUGGAUGAACUAAUGAGGCACCAACCGACCCUGAAGACAGAUGCCACUACUGCCAUUAUCAAGUUGCUAGAAGAGAUCUGUAAUCUCGGAAGGGACCCCAAGUACAUCUGCCAGAAACCAUCCAUUCAGAAGGCGGACGGCACCAGCUCAGCUACUCCGCAGAGAGCUAACCAUGCUGCUGAGGAGGCCUCUAGUGAGGAUGAGGAAGAAGAGGAGGUGCAGGCCAUGCAGAGCUUUAACCCCCCUGCGCAGAGUGACAACGACUCGAAUCAACAGGUUGUUGGAACAGAAGAGCGGGUCCCCAUCCCCCUCAUGGAUUACAUCCUCAAUGUGAUGAAGUUUGUGGAAUCCAUUCUGAGCAAUAACACCACAGAUGACCAUUGUCAGGAGUUCGUGAAUCAGAAGGGGCUGCUGCCCCUCGUCACUAUCCUGGGUCUCCCUAACCUGCCCAUCGACUUUCCCACCUCAGCUGCCUGUCAGGCUGUGGCAGGGGUCUGCAAGUCCAUACUGACACUGUCCCAUGAGCCCAAAGUCCUGCAGGAGGGCCUUCUGCAGCUGGACUCUAUCCUCUCCUCUCUGGAACCACUGCACCGGCCGAUCGAGGCCCCUGGCGGCUCUGUGCUUUUGCGAGAGCUGGCCUGUGCUGGCAAUGUCGCAGACGCUACACUCUCUGCCCAGGCUACCCCCUUACUGCAUGCCCUCACGGCUGCUCACGCCUACAUCAUGAUGUUCGUGCACACUUGCAGGGUUGGCCAGAGCGAGAUCCGUGCUAUCUCGGUGAACCAGUGGGGUUCCCAGUUGGGUCUGAGUGUCCUGAGCAAGCUGAGCCAGCUCUACUGUUCUCUCGUCUGGGAAAGCACAGUUCUACUCUCACUCUGUACCCCAAACAGCCUCCCUUCUGGGUGUGAGUUUGGACAGGCAGACAUGCAGAAAUUGGUCCCAAAGGAGGAGAAGGCAGCCGCUGCAACAACCUCUCACGGAACCAAGAGAACUGAAGGAGAAAGUGAUGGGACAACCGCCACAGUGGAGGCUUCAGCCCAGGGCUUACUGGAAGGCAUUGGCCUGGAUGGUGACACCUUGGCUCCCAUGGAAACUGAUGAGCCCAGUAGUUCAGACCCCAAGGGCAAGUCUAAGAUUACCCCUGCCAUGGCUGCGAGGAUCAAACAGAUCAAGCCCUUGCUGUCUGCCUCCUCGCGGUUAGGCCGAGCUCUUGCUGAGCUUUUUGGACUUCUCGUUAAGCUCUGUGUGGGAUCUCCUGUCCGGCAGCGGAGAAGUCACCAUGCAACCAGUACUACCACAGCACCAACUCCUGCAGCCAGGUCAACAGCCUCUGCUCUCACCAAACUCCUCACCAAGGGCUUGUCCUGGCAGCCCCCGCCAUACACACCUACUCCCAGGUUCAGGCUGACUUUCUUCAUCUGCUCAGUCGGCUUCACCUCCCCUAUGCUGUUCGACGAGAGGAAGUACCCGUACCACCUCAUGCUACAAAAAUUCCUCUGCUCUGGGGGCCACAAUGCUCUUUUUGAAACUUUCAACUGGGCUCUCUCCAUGGGAGGCAAAGUUCCUGUUUCUGAGGGCCUUGAGCACCCUGACCUGCCAGAUGGCACGGGAGAGUUCCUAGACGCCUGGCUCAUGCUGGUAGAGAAGAUGGUGAACCCAACCACUGUGCUGGAGUCCCCUCACUCUCUACCAGCCAAGCUUCCUGGGGGCCAAAGCCACCCCCAGUUCAGUGCCCUGAGAUUCCUUGUCGUUACUCAGAAGGCAGCCUUCACCUGCAUCAAGAAUCUGUGGAACCGGAAGCCUCUAAAAGUGUAUGGUGGGCGCAUGGCCGAAUCAAUGCUGGCAAUCCUGUGUCACAUCCUCCGUGGGGAACCUGUCAUCCGAGAGCGACUGAGCAAGGAUAAGGAAGGGACCCGAGGAGAAGAAGAAGCAGGGCAAGAGGAGAGUGGCUCUCGCCGUGACCCUCAGGUCAACCAGCAGCAGCUCCAGCAGCUAAUGGAUAUGGGCUUCACAAGAGAGCAUGCCAUGGAGGCCUUAUUGAAUACCAGCACCAUGGAACAAGCUACAGAGUAUCUCUUGACCCACCCGCCCCCACUCAUGGGAGGAGUUGUCCGGGAUCUCAGCAUGUCAGAAGAGGACCAGAUGAUGAGAGCCAUUGCCAUGUCUCUGGGACAGGACAUCCCAAUGGAUCAGAGAGCAGAGUCCCCCGAGGAAGCUGCCUGUAGGAAGGAGGAAGAAGAGCGGAAAGCCCGGGAAAAGCAGGAAGAAGAAGAGGCCAAGUGCCUAGAGAAGUUUCAGGAUGCUGAGCCCCUGGAGCAGGAGGAGCUCCACAGUUUCACAGACACCAUGUUGCCGGGCUGCUUCCAUCUCCUUGAUGAGCUGCCAGAUACUGUGUAUCGUGUCUGCGACUUGAUCAUGACUGCCAUUAAACGCAAUGGGGCUGAUUACCGGGACAUGAUUCUGAAGCAAGUGGUCAAUCAGGUCUGGGAAGCAGCUGAUGUUUUGAUCAAAGCGGCUCUUCCUCUGACAACUAGUGACACCAAAACAGUCUCUGAAUGGAUCAGUCAGAUGGUCACACUUCCCCAGGCCUCAAACUUGGCUACUAGAAUCUUGUUGCUGACGUUACUGUUUGAGGAAUUGAAACUCCCUUGUGCUCGAGUGGUCGAAUCUAGCGGCAUCCUCAACGUCCUCAUCAAACUUCUGGAAGUGGUCCAGCCGUGCCUUCAGGCUGCCAAAGAGCAGAAGGAGAUCCACACCCCAAAAUGGAUCACACCAGUGCUGCUCCUCAUUGACUUCUAUGAGAAGACGGCCAUCUCUUCGAAGAGGAGAGCCCAGAUGAACAAGUACCUGCAGGCCAACAAUAACAAUUGGCGCUGGUUCGAUGAUCGCUCUGGGCGCUGGUGCAGCUACAGCGCGAGCAACAAUAGCACCAUCGAUGCUGCCUGGAAAGCUGGUGAGACAAGCGUCCGCUUCACAGCUGGGCGGCGGCGAUAUACUGUGCAGUUCACCACGAUGGUUCAGGUCAAUGAAGAAACUGGGAACCGUCGCCCUGUGAUGCUAACUCUCUUGCGUGUGCCAAGGCUUAACAAGAACCCCAAAGAUGGCAACGAGCAGGAACUGGACAAGACCUUGGAUGAAACCAAAGAAGUUGAUACCAAGACGGCUGAGGAGAAAUCCUCCAAAUGCCCCUUGGCUCCUGAGAGUCCAACCCUCGAGAAGGAACUGGUUGCUGAGGAGGCCCAGCUAGGGGAGAUCCUGAUCCAGGGCCUCACCGAGGAGAUGGUGACCGUUCUAAUCAGGGCCUGUGUGAGCAUGCUAGGUGUUCCCGUGGACCCGGACACACUGCAUGCCACUCUGCGCCUCUGCCUACGGCUCACCCGAGACCACAAGUACGCCCUGAUGUUUGCUGAGCUCAAGAGCACCCGCAUGAUCCUUAACUUGACCCAGAGCUCAGGCUUCAAUGGGUUUACCCCACUGGUUACCCUACUCUUGAGGCACAUCAUUGAGGACCCAUGUACUCUACAGCAUACCAUGGAAAAGGUCGUGCGAUCUGCAGCUACAAGUGGGGCAGGAAGCACCACAUCUGGGGUGGUUUCUGGCAGCCUCGGCUCUCGAGAGAUCAACUAUAUCCUCCGUGUACUUGGGCCAGCCGCCUGUCGGAAUCCGGACAUCUUCACUGAGGUGGCAAAUGGCUGUAUUCGAAUUGCUCUUCCAGCCCCUCGAGGCUCAGGAACCGCAUCAGAUGAUGAAUUCGAGAACUUGAGAAUCAAAGGUCCCAACGCUGUGCAGUUGGUGAAGACGACCCCUGUCAAGCCCUCUGCUCUGCCUCUCAUUCCCGACACCAUCAAGGAGGUGAUUUAUGACAUGCUUAAUGCCUUGGCCGCCUACCAUGCUCCAGACGAAGACAAAUCGGACCCUAAAGCUGGGAUGAUGACCCAGGAGGUGAGCCAGAUCCUGCAAGACAUGGGCGAUGAAGUAUACCAGCAGUAUCGAUCUCUAACACGCCAGGGCAGCGACUUCGAUGCUCAGUCGGGCUUUGCCAUUAAUACUCAAGUCUUCGCUACAGAUGGUACGUCCACUGAGACACCUCAGUCAGGAACCCCUCAAGGAGGAGCUUCUACUCCAGAAGAAUCUCGGGAAGGGAAGAAAGAUAAGGAAGGGGAACGUGUCUCUGAAGAAGGCAGACAGAAAGCCAAAGGCAGCAAGCCUUUAAUGCCCACGUCCACCAUCCUUAGGUUGCUGGCUGAGUUGGUGAGGUCCUAUGUUGGUAUUGCCACUCUGAUUGCCAACUACAACUACGCUGUGGGCCAGUCGGAGCUCAUCAAGGAGGAUUGCAGCGUAUUGGCAUUUGUCCUGGACCACCUUCUCCCACAUACCCAGAAUGCUGAGGAUAAAGAUACCCCAGCACUAGCCCGCCUCUUUCUUGCCAGCCUGGCUGCAGCAGGCAGUGGCACAGAUGCCCAGGUAGCCCUGGUGAAUGAAGUCAAGGCAGCUCUGAGCCGAGCAUUGGCAAUGGCUGAAAGCACAGAAAAACAUGCCAGGCUCCAGGCAGUGAUGUGCAUCAUCAGCACCAUCAUGGAGUCCUGCCCCUCCACCUCCAGCUUCUAUAGUAGCACAACGGCCAAGACCCAGCACAAUGGCAUGAACAACAUCAUUCGGCUUUUCUUAAAGAAAGGCCUUGUGAAUGACUUGGCACGGGUGCCACAUAGCCUGGACCUCUCAAGUCCCAACAUGGCCAACACGGUCAACGCUGCCCUCAAGCCUUUGGAGACAUUGUCACGGAUUGUGAACCAACCCAGCAGCCUCUUUGGCAGCAAGAGUGCUUCUGGGAAGAGCAAAUCUGAGCAAGAUGCCCAAGGAGCAUCUCAGGACGCCAACAGCAAUACCCAGGACCCAGGUGAGACUGGGGAAGCCGAAGUACAGGAGGAGGACCACGAUGCCACUCAGACCGAGGUGGCAGAUGGGGACAUCAUGGAUGGGGAAGCCGAGAAUGACGCUGUGGUGAUUGCUGGGCAGCCACAGGUGCUCAGUACUCAGGAGAUGCAGGUUGAGAAUGAGCUGGAAGACCUAAUAGACGAAUUGCUUGAGAGAGACGGUGGUUCUGGAAACAGUACAAUCAUAGUGGGCAGAAGCGGAGAGGACGAGUCACAAGAGGAUGUGCUGAUGGAUGAAGCUCCCUCCAACCUCAGCCAGGCUUCCACCUUGCAGGCCAACCGAGAAGAUUCAAUGAAUCUCUUGGAUGCUGAGGAUGAGGAGGAGCACACCCAAGAGGAGGACAGCAGUGGCAGCAACGAGGAUGAGGAUGAGAGCCAAGACGAAGAAGAGGAGGAGGAGGAAGACGAAGAAGAUGAUCAGGAUGACGAGGAAGGAGAAGAGGGAGACGAGGAUGACGAUGACGAUGGCUCCGAGAUGGAAUUGGAUGAGGAUUACCCUGACAUGAACGCUUCUCCCUUGGUCCGCUUUGAACGUUUCGAUCGAGAGGACGACCUCAUCAUCGAGUUUGACAACAUGUUCUCCAGUGCCACAGAUAUCCCCCCAUCCCCCGGGAACAUCCCCACCACCCACCCAUUAAUGGUACGGCAUGCAGACCACAGCUCCCUCACCCUGGGUAGUGGUUCCUCUACCACCCGCCUCACCCAGGGCAUGGGCAGAAGCCAGAGGACACUGAGGCAGCUAACAGCCAACACGGGGCAUACUAUCCAUGUGCACUACCCUGGCAAUCGACAGCCCAACCCUCCCCUCAUACUGCAGAGAUUGCUGGGUCCAUCCGCUGCAGCUGAUAUUCUUCAGUUGAGCAGCAGCCUUCCCCUCCAGAGUCGUGGCCGAGCUCGCCUCCUAGUAGGCAAUGAUGAUGUGCACAUCAUUGCCAGGUCUGAUGACGAGCUGCUGGAUGACUUCUUCCAUGACCAAAGCACAGCUACCAGCCAAGCAGGGACCCUCUCAAGCAUCCCCACAGCCCUGACCCGCUGGACAGAGGAGUGCAAGGUGCUGGAUGCCGAGAGCAUGCACGACUGUGUGUCUGUAGUGAAAGUGCCCAUCAUCAAUCACCUGGAGGCCCUUCGAGAUGAGGAACUGGAGGAGAGGCGAGAGAAGCGUAGGCAGCAGCUGGCCGACGGAGAGUCCAAGGCAAAAGAAGAGAAGGAGACUAAAGACCAGAGUACACAGGACAGCACAUCCAAAUCGGACACUUCUACCAGCCAGAAUGUCUCAGAUCAGAGUCCUGGACUCGACAGCUACCCAACGACCCCGUCUUCGGCCGAAGGCACCUCAGCCAGGCCCAAGCAGACCCUUGUCACUCUGGAAACCUCCCAGCAGCCACCUCCAGCAGCCUCCAGCAGCCUUGACCAGGAGCUCCCUGGCCCAGCUCCAGCCUCAGAGGCUGCUGCCCAGCCGCUAAUGCCUGCAGAGCAUGAGGACUUGGGCCCCGGGCGAGCCAGUGGUGAAACAGAAGCCACCCAGAUGGAGUUCUCCCCAGCCCCCACGAUAACCUCCUUGUCUCCGGAAAGGGCCGAGGACUCGGAUGCUCUGACUGCUGUGAGCAGCCAGCUGGAGGGCUCCCCUAUGGACACCAGCAGCCUGGCAUCCUGCAACUUGGAAGAAGGAGUUGGAGACAGUACUGUAGCCAGCAAUGUGGAUGCUCCUGGGCCAGCUCCAACCACUCCCGGAGAUCCAGCCCAGGCUGGGACAGAAACACAAGGCAGCAGUGACGGGCCUGGAGAUUCCCCAGGAGAAUCCCCACAGCAAGCUGAGGACAGCUCUCCCCCUGGCUCAUCCUCAGAAAGCUCCUCUACCCGAGAUUCGGCCGUGGCCAUUUCCGGAGCAGAUUCCCGGGGUCUCCUGGAAGAGCCACUCCCCUCGACGAGCAGUGAAGAAGAAGAUCCUCUGGCGGGUAUCAAUCUUCCUGAAGGUGUGGAUCCCUCGUUUUUGGCGGCUCUGCCUGACGAUAUCCGCAGAGAGGUCUUACAAAAUCAACUGGGCAUCCGGCCCCCUGCCCGAGUCACUCCUGCUGCCACCACCCCAACUCCUCCCCCCGUGGUGGGGAACCCCAGUGUGACUGAAGUCAGCCCUGAAUUUCUUGCGGCCCUGCCCCCUGCCAUUCAGGAGGAGGUCCUUGCCCAGCAGCGGGCUGAGCAGCAGAGGCGAGAGCUAGCCCAGAGUGCCAGUUCGGACACCCCAAUGGACCCAGUAACCUUCAUCCAAACCCUGCCAUCAGACUUGCGCCGCAGCGUGCUGGAGGACAUGGAGGACAGUGUGCUAGCAGUGAUGCCCCCUGACAUUGCUGCCGAGGCCCAAGCCCUUCGGCGAGAGCAGGAAGCCCGGCAGAGACAACUGAUGCAUGAGAGGCUCUUUGGACACAGUAGCACCUCAGCCCUCUCUGCCAUCCUCAGGAGCCCAGCCUUUACAAGUCGCUUGAGUGGCAACCGAGGAGUCCAGUAUACGCGCCUGGCUGUCCAGAGGGGUGGCACUUUCCAGAUGAGUGGGAGCAGUAGCCACACCAGGCCCUCCGGCAGUAACGUGGACAGCCUCCUGCGCCUCCGGGGCCGCCUUCUCCUGGACCACGAAGCCUUGUCGUGUCUCCUGGUCCUUCUCUUUGUGGACGAGCCCAAGCUGAACACGAGCCGCCUCCACCGUGUCCUGCGCAACCUGUGCUACCAUGGCCAGACCCGCCAUUGGGUUAUCCGCAGCCUACUGUCCAUUCUGCAGCGGAGCAGUGAGAGCGAGCUCUGCAUUGAGACUCCCAAGGUCACUGCCACCGAGGAGAAGGGGAAGAAGGCAGCCAAGGGCUGCCCCACAAGCAGCCACGACAGCCGGCCCCUGGACCUGCUGCAUAAGAUGGAGUCCAAGAGCUCCAGCCAGCUCUCGUGGCUCUCUGUGUCCAUGGACGCGGCCCUGGGCUGCCGGACUAACAUAUUCCAGAUCCAGCGGGCUGUGGGCCGCAAACACACCGAGAAGCAUGCUGGCUGUGGGUCCACUGUCCAUAUUCACCCACAGGCUGCCCCUGUGGUGUGUAGGCAUGUCUUGGAUACCCUCAUACAGUUAGCCAAGGUAUUCCCCAGUCACUUCACCCAGCAGCGGACCAAAGAGACAAAUUGUGAAAGCGACCGGGAGAGGAGCACCAAACAGGCCUGUAGCCCCUGUCCUGGUCAGUCCACCAGCAGUGGCAUCUCCACUGACUUCUGGGACUUGUUGGUAAAACUGGACAACAUGAACGUCAGCCGCAAAGGCAAAAACUCUGUCAAGUCAGUGCCCAUAAAUGUGGGCAGUGAGGGAGAGACCUCUCUGUACAGCCUUGAGGCCUCCCCCCUGGGGCAGCUCAUGAACAUGCUGUCGCAUCCAGUCAUCCGACGGAGCUCGCUCCUCACCGAGAAGCUGCUGCGCCUUUUGUCCCUCAUCUCCAUCGCGCUGCCGGAGAACAAAGCGCCAGAAACUCCCUCUACCACCACUGCCUCCUCAACAAGUGCCACUACCACCAAUACUGUCGUCACCACCACUCCGGGCCCCCUCACCCCUGGCCCCACCCCUACCGGAGCGUCAGCCGCUGCCACGCUGGCAAGCACCACCCCCACGAGCACCCCUACUGCCGCUACAAGUAAGUUGGAGUGGGGGCUUCACGGUCCUACUGCUAAGAACAGCAAGUCCCCAGCAAAGGCCAGUGAAGGAGGCAGUGGAGGUAGUGUGGAUAGCAAGAUGGCAGCAUCGGGCCUGACAGAAAAUCAGCUCCAGCUCUCCGUGGAGGUGUUGACCUCACACUCGUGCUCCGAAGAAGGCCUGGAAGAUGCGGCCAAUGUUCUGCUACAACUUUCCAGGGGCGACCCAGCCACCCGAGACACUGUUCUGAAGCUGCUCUUGAAUGGAGCGAGGCAUCUGGGUUACACCCUGUGCAAGCAGAUUGGGACCCUCCUGGCUGAACUGCGGGAAUACAACCUGGAGCAGCAGCGACGAGCCCAAUGUGAGAUCCUGUCUCCAGAUGGGCUGCCUGAGGAACAGCCACAGACCACCCGGUCUAAAGGGAAGAUGCAGAGCCGGUUUGACACGGCUGAGAACGUGGUGAUCGUGGCGUCUCAGAAGCGUCCACUGGGCGGUCGAGAGCUCCAGCUGCCUUCCAUGUCCAUGCUGACAUCAAAGACCUCCACCCAGAAGUUCUUCCUUCGGGUGCUGCAGGUUAUCAUUCAGCUCCGGGACGACACACGCAGAGCUAACAAGAAGGCCAAGCAGACAAGCAGGCUAGGUACCUCCAGCCUGGGCUCGGCUAGCAGCAUCCAGGCAGCUGUUCGGCAGCUGGAGGCUGAGGCUGAUGCCAUUAUACAAAUGGUACGUGAGGGUCAAAGGGCGCGGAGACAGCAGCAAGCAGCAACGUCGGAUUCCAGCCAGUCUGAGAUUGCUUCCCGGAGGGACGAGUCUCCCAUGGAUGUAGACCAGCCGUCCCCUGCUUCUCAGGAUACACAGUCCAUUGGCUCUGAAGGCAGCCAACAGAGUGAGAAGGAGAAAGAGGAGAGACCCCCAGAUCUGCCCCUGCUCAGUGAGCAGCUGAGUCUAGAUGAACUGUGGGACAUGCUUGGCGAGUGUUUGAAGGAGCUUGAAGAAUCCCAUGACCAGCAUGCAGUGCUCGUUCUGCAGCCUGCUGUCGAAGCCUUCUUUCUGGUCCAUGCCACCGAACGGGAGAGUAAGCCACCUGUUCGAGACACCCGGGAAAGCCAGCUAGCUCACAUCAAGGAUGAGCCCCCACCGCUCUCCCCUGCUCCCUUGACCCCUGCCACCCCUUCCUCCCUGGACCCCUUCUUCUCCCGAGAGCCAUCCUCUAUGCACAUCUCCUCCAGUCUGCCCCCGGACACACAGAAGUUCCUUCGGUUCGCAGAGACUCACCGCACUGUGCUAAAUCAGAUCCUUCGCCAGUCCACCACCCACCUCGCAGAUGGGCCCUUCGCUGUCCUGGUGGACUACAUCCGAGUGCUGGACUUUGAUGUUAAGCGCAAAUAUUUCCGCCAAGAGCUAGAACGUCUAGACGAGGGACUCCGGAAAGAAGACAUGGCUGUGCAUGUCCGCCGGGACCACGUGUUUGAAGACUCUUACCGAGAGCUGCAUCGAAAAUCUCCUGAGGAAAUGAAGAAUCGACUGUACAUAGUGUUUGAAGGAGAAGAAGGCCAGGAUGCUGGGGGCCUCCUUCGGGAGUGGUACAUGAUCAUCUCCAGAGAGAUGUUCAAUCCCAUGUAUGCCUUGUUCCGGACCUCGCCUGGUGACAGGGUCACCUACACCAUCAACCCCUCCUCCCACUGCAAUCCCAACCAUCUCAGCUACUUCAAAUUUGUCGGGCGAAUUGUGGCCAAAGCCGUGUACGACAACCGACUACUGGAAUGCUACUUCACCAGGUCUUUCUACAAACACAUCCUGGGCAAGUCUGUCCGGUACACAGAUAUGGAAAGCGAGGACUACCACUUCUACCAAGGCCUGGUGUACUUGCUGGAAAAUGACGUCUCCACUCUUGGCUAUGACCUCACUUUCAGCACUGAGGUUCAAGAGUUUGGAGUCUGCGAGGUUCGGGAUCUGAAGCCGAACGGAGCGAACAUCCUGGUGACGGAAGAGAAUAAGAAGGAAUACGUGCACCUCGUGUGCCAGAUGAGGAUGACAGGAGCCAUCCGAAAACAAUUGGCAGCCUUCUUGGAAGGUUUCUAUGAGAUCAUCCCCAAACGCCUCAUUUCCAUCUUCACCGAGCAAGAGCUGGAGCUGCUCAUCUCGGGGCUGCCCACGAUAGACAUUGACGACCUGAAAUCCAACACCGAGUAUCACAAGUACCAGUCCAACUCCAUCCAGAUCCAGUGGUUCUGGCGGGCGCUGCGCUCUUUCGACCAGGCCGACCGGGCCAAGUUCCUCCAGUUUGUGACAGGCACCUCCAAGGUGCCCCUCCAAGGUUUUGCGGCACUCGAGGGCAUGAAUGGCAUUCAGAAGUUCCAGAUCCACCGAGAUGACAGAUCAACGGACCGGCUGCCUUCAGCCCACACAUGUUUUAAUCAGCUGGACCUGCCAGCCUACGAGAGCUAUGAGAAGUUGCGCCAUAUGUUGCUGUUGGCCAUUCAGGAGUGCUCCGAGGGCUUUGGGCUGGCUUAGACCCAAUGGGCUUGGCGGCUGCUUCUUCUGCCACCGCCGCCGCCGCCACCAACGACACCAACACCAACCGCUGCUGCCGCCGCCGCCACCACCCUGUUAUUUUUGUCUACUGUCGGACUUGGGGAUAGGGAGAGAGGAAGGAGGAGGGACGAGCCCUUCCACACCAGACCCACCAAAACGUUCUUCGAACCUCAGAAGGAAACUCGAGCAGUAAUCGACCUUUGUGCUCCCCCUCCCCCAGUGCGCUCACCCCAUCUGAGGAGUGGCGGCGGCCACUUCGGGCCCUGCGCUCGCUCGCUCUGUUGAAACUUGAAGCGUUCGGAUGGGGGGAGAAGCGGAAGAGGAGAGAGAUAUAUAUACACGUAUAUAUAUAGUUUGGGUUCUGUUUGCAUUUCUUAAUUCGUGCUUGGAAUGUGUUGGUGCGCUCACGCACAUCGAACCAGUCAGUGUGAGGGGAUCGGCCUUGACCUCCCUGGCUCCAGGUGAGGGUUACAAUAAAGAGCUCUUGGCAAGA